GUUACGUGAAACCAAAACCGUCCGAAAACCCUCUUUAUCGGCUUGGAGUUCAAGCUCCCUCUCCUCCGCGGCUCCGACCUCCGCUGUCCUUCUCGGAACCCUAGUCCAGCGAUAUUUGGUAGGAGAGGGAGCCCUGAUCCGACGAGGAGGAGGAGGAGGUUGAUGGUUUUAUCUUCGUCUGUUUGAUAGCUGUGUCGGUGGUGCUUUGGUUUGCGAGGAGGCAGUACAUCUUGGAUCUGGUGUCUUGUCUUUGCUUCGCCGUUGAUUGCAAGAAGGUGAGAUAGAAUUCGGGGUUUGUGAUCCAGAGCGGGGGUAGGUGGGGCAAAUGCAGUUGAGUUUUUUCUUGGAUUUUUCUUCUCUUGUUGUCUCCGAGAUCGAGAGUUUCUUGAUUUGAGGGAAAGAGGAGUGCUUGCAGCUGCGGGUUCUGGGUUAUUGUUGAGAAAUGCAUAUGGAUCAGAGGAAGAAGGAUUCAAUAGAGAUGGACUUCUUUACUGAGUAUGGCGAUGCAAAUAGAUAUAAAAUACAGGAGGUCAUAGGUAAAGGAAGUUAUGGGGUUGUUUGUUCUGCUGUUGAUGUUUACACUGGCGGGAAAGUCGCAAUAAAGAAGAUCAAUGGUAUCUUUGAGCACAUCUCUGAUGCUGCCAGAAUCCUUCGGGAGAUUAAGCUUCUCAGACUUUUACGACAUCCUGACAUAGUAGAUAUAAAACACAUAAUUUUACCUCCAUCUAAAAGGGAAUUCAGAGAUAUUUAUGUUGUUUUUGAGCUUAUGGAGUCGGAUCUACACCAGGUUCUUAAGGCUAAUGAUGACCUGACCAAGGAGCACCAUCAGUUUUUCCUCUAUCAGCUGCUUCGUGCACUUAAAUACAUGCAUACAGCUAAUGUUUAUCAUCGGGAUUUGAAGCCUAAGAACAUAUUGGCUAAUGCAAACUGCAAGCUAAAAAUUUGUGACUUUGGAUUGGCAAGGGUUGCAUUUCAUGACACCCCCUCAACAGUAAUUUGGACGGAUUAUGUUGCAACAAGAUGGUACAGAGCUCCAGAGCUGUGUGGAUCAUUUUAUUCAAGGUACACUCCUGCUAUCGACAUUUGGAGCAUAGGUUGCAUUUUUGCUGAAAUAUUAACUGGGAAACCACUAUUCCCUGGUAAAAAUGUGGUUCAUCAGCUGGAUUUAAUGACCGACCUUCUUGGCACACCAUCACUAGAUACCAUUUCUCGGGUACGGAAUGACAAGGCUAGGAGAUAUUUAAGCAGCAUGAGAAAGAAACAACCUAUACCUCUCUCUCAAAAGUUUCCGAAAGCAGAUCCUCUGGCACUUAAACUGUUGGAGAGACUCUUAGCUUUUGAUCCAAAAGACCGGCCAACUGCUGAAGAGGCAUUGGCUGAUCCUUAUUUUAAAAGUCUGGCAAAGGUAGAGAGGGAGCCAUCUUGUAAUCCAAUCUCGAAGAUGGAGUUUGGGUUUGAGUUUGAGAGGCAAAAAGUCACAAAGGAAGGCUUCAGGGAGCUUAUCUAUCGUGAAAUACUGGAAUAUCAUCCUCAGCUGCUCAAAGACUAUGUUAACGGAACUGAAAGAGUACAUUUUGUGUACCCAAGUGCUGUUGAUCAAUUCAGGAAGCAAUUCACCUUCCUUGAGGAAGUAGGUGGCAGGAGUAGCCCUGUUAUUCCACUGGAGAGGAAUUAUGUCUCACUUCCCAGAUCCUCAAUGGUGCCGGCAACUACAAUGCGUCUAAAUGAACAACAGACUUCUGUUUCAAAUAAGGAGAGGCUGGCGGUGGAUGAAGCAUCGAAGGUUGCUAUGGCUACGAAAAAAAUCUCUCAAAACGUAGCAAGGCCUUCACAUCCACCUCAGUUAAUUCAAGCGGGGAAAGCUGUGGGAACUGUAGCUCCCUUCGAAAAUGGAGGGCCCAAACAGUGUCUAUGGCUCAAGAACACUAACGAGGAAUGGAACCCUUCUAGAACAACCCUGCCAUUCCACCGUUCUCAUUUUGUUCUGGCACAAAGAUGAGCAGUCAAGAACGGGAACAACCAACAGCAGAGCGGGAAUCCGUUCAAUACAGACUACCUCACCAAUACAUGCCCCGAAAGAUGGGCAUUGACAUAGCUAUUGACAUUCAAUCACCUCCUUUCAAUCCCUCACAAGGAUCCACAAAAAAUGUUGCUGAAGAUGGAGUGAACUUUCAGAGAGCAAGGCCUCCAUAUUCCAGUAUCGCUGCUGGUACUUCCGGGUCUCAUGGCAAGGUCGGCACUGUUCCAUUUGGCUUGUCAGGCAUGUGCUAAAUGCUUAUAACUAAAAAAAGAUGGUUACAGACGUGCAGAAAUUCAUCCCCAAACAUACACAAUCAUUGAUGCUGCAGAAUCUAAACAAAAGUUUUCAUGUUACAUGUAAAAACACAUGUUUAACUCAAGUUUCCGACGCCUCAGGCAAGUACUGGAGGAGUGUUCAUGUGCAACUCAAUAGAAUGUAUUCAUGGAAACUUGGCAAGCAGCAGCAUCAUGUGAUCGCCAUCUCCUUCCUCAACUUUGACAACUUCUUGUUCGUUAAUUUUCUUAUUGUAUAAGCUUCUCUUAGAAGUAUUGUGGACAAGUUCUCUUGAUUAGUUUCAGAUAGCAAUGUGAUUGUUAAUAAGAAGGAAAUUAGAUUUUUUUUUUUUU